AUGGCUGCAUCGAGAAAUGGUGAUCUCGGACCUAACCCGAAACCGAUCAACCCUGCCGUUGUGCCAGUAACGUCGGACAAGACUAUUGCGAAGCACGAUGGCCAGCCUGCGCCGAGCCACCACCACAUUUGGCUCGUUACUGGCCCUGCUGGGUGUGGGAAGACGACGGUUGCCAAGCACUUGUCGACGUCUCUAAAGUUGCCGUAUAUCGAGGGUGAUGAGUUCCACCCCAAAGCGAACGUAGAGAAGAUGGCGAACGGGAUCCCGCUGACGGACGCUGACCGAUGGGACUGGCUUACGCUGCUGCGCGAGGAGUCUUUGCGCCAACUCGCUGCCGGCGCCGACGGAGUCGUGCUCACUUGCUCGGCGCUCAAGCGCAAAUACCGGGACGUUAUCAGGGUGGCCCCCUACUACUCGCACGACGUCGUCCUCCACUUUAUAUACCUGCACGCCCCCGAAGCUGUUCUCCAAGAGCGCGUCGGCGCGCGACACGGGCACUACAUGGGCGCCAACAUGGUUCACAGCCAGUUUACGAUAUUAGAACCGCCGACGGCAGAAGAGACGGACGUGAUCAGCAUCGACGUGAGCGGCCCGGAAGCUCAGGUGCAGAAAGAGGCGCUGGACAGAGUCGUCAAGGCUAUCGACGAGGUUGCGUCGCCUGGUCCGGCGUAG